UACGCAGCGCCUUGUUGCGGCGACGGCUGCUUUUACAUACAACAUAGGCGUGUUUAUCGGCAACGUCACGUCACUUUGUUCAUGCUGCAUCCAAAUUUUCAUUCCCUGAGAAUGUUCCUCUUCCGAACAUAAAGAAAGAUACAGUGCUUAAGCAUCAUUGAACGGGGCAACGAUGCCUACCCGCUGUUGCGUUCCACGAUGUCGUGGAAAUUUCACUGGCGGUCCCAGAGUUCGUGUGUUUUCUUUCCCGGUCGACGAACCGCGCCGAGGGGAAUGGAUACGACAAAUAAGACGAAAGGAUUUUACCCCGAUCAAGUCGUCAAAAGUUUGCGAGCGCCACUUUGAAAAACGCUACUUGCUGACGACGUCUCGCUACGAAGACAAGCGGACCGGUAGGGUCCUCGAGGCGCCCCUCAGCAAUGCACGACUUGCACCAGACGCAGUUCCAACAAUAUUUCCCGAACGAUCUGCUCUAUGUAACCGCACUCUACGUCUGCCAGCGGCCCAGAACGUCACAGUGCAAAAACUCAUUCUAGUCCCAGCCGCUAUUCAGCCCCGCCUGACUGUGGUGCAAGCUCCUCAGCAAGAGGCCAAAGCCAGCCCUGUCGUCGAUGCAUUCGGUGCCAUCCAAAAACUGAAGACCUCCAACUUCUGGACUGUGAUUUCUACGGAUGCGCGUGUCAUGUUCCUUCACGUCGUACUUGAUGGCUGCCCGACAAUCAAGUAUUCCGUAGUUGUUGAGAAGCACCUCACAGUCAAGUUCUUCAUGGCGCAUGCUCAGAUGUUCAAGGUCGGGGAUUACAUUGUUCCCAGUCUCAUUAAGGAUCACGUGGACGUCACUUUCCUUCUGGACAAGGUGGAAAAGUUUGACGAAACCGCCAAGAGCUUUUCAUACCAGGACAAGGUAAACAUGGCCGUGCCGUUCGUGUUGUCCACGUUCAAUAUGGUGAAGAGGGAGGCACCGGAAGAGCAGGCCGACACCCUGGACUUUCUGUGCGAACAGAUUCGUAUAUUUCAGACGCAGUCACCUAAAUAUUCAUCCACGCUCCUCGUAUUUGCAUGCCUGCUGUACACGCUAUCAUCUCAAGCGUACAACUUUCUCAGGAACUCUUCGGGUUUAACUUUGCCGCACCCGACCACAGUGAGGCGAAUCUGCCCGGGACCUCGCAAGGACAGCAAAGACCUCGGCAGCAAGAAGAGUGAAACUCAUCUCCUGUCCUACAUACGUGAGCGCGUUAAGCACCUGGCAGAACACCAGAGGGUGGUGACCUUGCAGAUGGAUGAAAUAGAACUGAAGGAAUACUGCACCUCUAAGGCCAAGAGUGGGUCACCCGAGCCCAUCACGUCUGUGCAUGUGUUUAUGCUUCAAAGUGUGCUGACCGACAACAGGGAAGUUGUACACGUCCUCCCCGUGACGAAGCAGACGGGCGUUGAUGAGUUGCACUCUGUUGUUAAGAAACUCAUCCUCGGUCUGGAGAAGCAAGGACUUACUGUGAUCGCAGUGAUCGCGGACAAUAAUCCGACCUAUAAAUUGGUGAUGUCAAAUUUUGCGACGCCAUCUCCGAAGCUCGACAUCGUUUAUCCGCAUCCCACAAACUGCAGCCGCCCGCUGUUCUUCAUCAUCGACCCCGUGCACCUCUUGAAGUGCGUGCGGAACAACUGGAUCUGCAACCAGAACCUCGGCCGGCACUUGACCUUCCCAGACUUCGGUACCACUAUCUCUGCGUUCAAAGCGCGGGAUGCCUUGACAGCAUCCUACGAAGCUGUUCAAAAGUUUCAGAACCACCAGGACCCAAAUAUGUACAAGCCUCGAAAUGCUGCCAUGGACAGAACGUUCAACCCUACCCGGUUGGAGCGUCAGAGUGCAGAAAAGCUUUUCGCUACUGCCACGGCUCAUGCACUGAGAGCAGAGAUGAAAAAUCUUAGCUUGGAAUAUGCAGCCGGGACGGCUACCUUUGUGGAAAUAAUUGCAAAGUGGUGGUCCGUGGUGAACGUCAGAACUGUCAAUGACACACGGACGUCGCAGAACGAGCUGCAGUCGCCCAUAACAUCGAUGGAGGGACCGCAGAUUGAGUUCUUGAGCGAGUUCAUAGACUGGCUCGAUGCAUGGGAGGAAAUAGACGGGGUCGCUGGAAGGCUGGAACGCGACACGUGCAGUGCGUUGCAUCUAACCUGUUACUCUUUGAUCGAACUAACGAGGUACUGUCUGGAAGAACUUAGGUUGGGAACCGUCCUGUUGGGGAAAUUUCAGACGGACCGGCUGCAGGACAGAUUUGGAUCUCAUAAAGUCGUGUGAUUAGGACAGUGUGGACCCCGUACGAGUGCGGUUUGUCGUGCGUGUAGGAUCGGUUGUAUGAUAAGAUCUUUCAAAGAACUUUCACUAUCUUUGCGUUUGCUGACCAAGUGCGAGGGAGGCUCCGCCUCCUGGAUGCGGGCCAAUAGGAGGACGCGGAGGGCAGGCACUUCCCAAGCCUCUCCUCUCGCCUAAGAGAUGGCGCAGCGUUACCGUUGUUUCGCGUGUCCCAGGGCUUCUGCCAUGGCGCACCAAUCGAACCCACGGCUUUGCCAUCCUUUAGCUGGUUUCAACCGGCGUACGCGCGACUCCUGCUUGGUCUCGUUCCCAUGUUGACGGACGGUGAAGCCGUUGGUUGGAUUGGUGUGCCAUGGCGGAGGCAUUGCGGCAGGCGAAAUAACGGUAGCUCCCCUCCUGUCUAAGCCUCAUUCAGCCGUUAGUUAGAUUGGUGUGCCCUGGCAGAAGCCUUGCGACACACGAAACAACGGUAACGAUGCGCCAUCUU